UUCUGCAGUGUUGUUUAUUGGCAAAAUCACGGCCGCACGACAAGUCACUGAAAUCAGUGACACUUCUGUCCAAAUCGGGAUAUCUUGAAGAAAUUCACCACACUGAAUGCUGCUCCUUUUUCUCCAGUUAUACCCAUCUAUGUCCCUUUUGGCUUUUUUUGUGUCUCUUUCGCGUUUUUGUUGUAAAUAUUUCAGUUGGAUAUUUUUAUGAGUGGCCGUUCAUUAUAAAAUUGCCUAAACUUGCGCGACUUAGCCUCAACUUGUUGUGGACGUGUUUAAAACUAAAUAGCGAUCAGAUCAGCCUUAAUAUGACUCUCAAUAAGUGUAAGGAUUAAACCUUGCAGGCACCUGCAUCCCUUAUUGACUCUUAUCCGCACUGGGAGUGCCAUUUUGCCUUUUUGUCACCAAGAGAGAAUCUCAAAUAAGUCGAAUUAUUCCCGCCUUCUUCUGGUCAGCGAAUUAAGUUUCGUUUGAGAUAGGCAAAAAUCUGUAGCUCUAUACCACUAUACUGUAAAUGUUAUACAGCAGGUACCUCGCGACCUCCACGUCACAUCCACCUUUUUUGCGGAACAAGGGUAGACACACCCCCUAUCCAAGAUAAUCUUGAUAAACGUGUGUCUCUCGUCACCUAUUUCCAACUCUUAUCUGUCACCACUUGUCACCACCUUUUCCAAAACAAAGCUAAAUUACGUGUGUUAAAUUUUGGGUGGCCGUUUAAUAGGGGUAAAGACAGUACAAAAACCCUCACAGACACUGGGACAACCAAAAGGUGGACUGGACUUUUAUCGCGCCCACUAGUCUCACGUCACAUUAGCCUCGUUCCCGGGAACAGGGGUUUGAAUUUUGAGCACGCCGAAGUGAAAAACAGAGAAACGGCGCAAAAAGUGUUCUUUGUUUUCUUUUUGAUGCAGGGAACAACCUAGUCGAAGAAUUACUAAAAACUUACAUGAUAAUUACUGUUUUCAUUCAAGAGAUGAGAAAGUAAACUGCUUUUGAUUGAAAAAAGGCGUGAAUAAAUUUACAAGUUGAAUUGUAAGUUCACGUGCUGCAUAAUUUAUUUCUACGACAUCUGUGGGAAUUAUCUGGUCUGGGCAUUUCCACGGUUUGCACUGAAGAGUUAAGGUGGUGCGUCGAGGGCUUUUACAUCGUAAAAAGUAAGUAAUCAAAUCAUUUUUUUUUGUACAUUUUUAUACAACAACUUUCCUCAAGAAGUGCCACUGCGUGAAAACAAAAAUAAAAUUCGCAAAAAUGAGACAGAUCAGUUUUGGAUGGAUCGUCUGGGUAAGUGUGUAAUAAAUUAGAUCUUUGCUGCAAAAAUCUAGCCCUGUUUUAUUUCCGUUUCAAAUAAUCACCUCUUAAAAGGAAUCAGUCAAAAGUAGGCAAAAUAAAGUACAAAAUACGGUGACUUGCAAGGAUUUGUUGUCUCCAAUUCGGACGAAAUGUCCUUGCCAUGCAAAUUGGGCAAAACCUGGAACUUGUAUGCGGUUUUGGCGGGAAAAUGUCGUUAAUUACUUUCAACAGCUGUUCAUUCUACUAGUUCGAUGUUAAAUGACUUACGAAAUAUUUCAUGUUCAUUUACACUAUUUCGACUUUAUUGGUUUUAUUGUGCCUACAAUAUUUUAGUUUUGUUUCUGGAGUGACGGAGAUGAUUUGAUCGCUAGUUCGAUGUUAAAUGGGUUACAAAGUAUUUCAUGUUCAUUUACACUAUUUCGACUUUAUUGGUUCUAUUGUGCCUGCAAUAUAUUGGUUUUGUUUCUGGAGUAUCGGAAAUGAUUUGAUCGCUAUGUUUUAAUUUACAAAAAGAAGUUGGUGAGAGAUAUAUUUUUUACGAAAUUCACAAGAACAGAAAAUGUAUUUUGCUGCACGAAGCUGUCAAUAUAGGUUUUAAAACCUCUUUGUACAGAAUUUUAACAGUUAAUCGUACGCUGAAUAAUCAGACGCGGGUUGCAUUUUGCUUUCUACUAAAGAGGGAAAUGUUCUUUGAACAUAAAUAUCUGUGAUUCUGUCCAGGGAAAUAUAAGUUUGUCGCGAUAAAAGUAGCAUUCGCCAUCACGUUCCGAGUUCCUUUCCCCGGGAAAAAUCGUGUCACGCGUUCUUUCAGUGCUGUUCGGAAAGAGACUGGGUUGAAUAACGCGACGGAGUGGAACGUGACAAUAAACCCAUUCCAGCUGAUUACCAAAAUAUUUAAAGAUCUUUAACUAUGUAUAGCCCUAUUUAACCCUGAGAAGAUAAAAGAAAACCGCCCAAGUCUGAAUGGAAUUAACAACUAGUUAACUCUGAUAAUUCUUGUUAAUUUUGUUAGCAUGAGCCCACAACUUUAAAAGUUUUGGCCUAAUAAGCUGCUUAGGAACAUAGUUAGCUCCUUUUUACUCACAGUUCAAACAAGUCUCUUUUUCCUAUUAUACAGGAUGCAGGUUUCAUACAAGUAUGACAGCUCUUCACAUAAUUCUAGAUCUCCUCUUGAAGUAUGGACAGAACAUGGAAUUCAAGUUUUAAAUCGAGUGUUUGUUCGUGGCAUACCCAAUAAGAUGACCGAACUGCAACUUGAAAUUCUGUUUGGUGGUAUGGGUUAUGUCCAAAAUGUCAGAAUAGUGGAAGAUGUGAAGACAGGUGCAAAUAAAGGUUAUGGUUUUGUAACAUUUCGCACUGCUGAGGAAGCAAGGAAAGUUCAAGAAAUGGGCUUGGUACGGUGGAAUGACAACGUUCUUCAAGUUGAUGUAGCUGUUAAGCGAAAGGCAAAGUCACGGGUACUUAAACAGCAGUAUGCUAUGCCACAGUGUACCCCAGUUUAUGUCAUGGUUCAACCAGGUGCAGGACUACCAAUCAUAAUGGAAGGCAAUGUGUGGUGUCAGGAAUUGAAUCAAAUGUUACCACUUGAAAAUUGGAUGCAAUCGUAAGCAUAAAUGAAGGAAAGUGGAUCAAAGAAUAAAGAAGUGCUGGAAACUUAGAGAUUUGUUGUGUUCUUGCUUUAAAACAAAUUUAGAAAUUAUACUGUGGUAAUAAAUGUAAUAGGACCAAGAAAUAACCAUACAACGAAAUAAGACAUGUAAAUUGAUCAGAAAUUUUGAUAGAAUGUGAAAAUGAACCAAACAAUGGGAAUAUAAAGAAAUUUGUUAUUAAGAGUCUAGUUUUUUAUAAGUUCUAGCUAGUGUAAAGUACUCAAGAUAGAUAAUCUGUAACUAUAAAAUUUAAGUGGAUGUUAUUAAAAUACAAGUUUU